AUAUUCCGUCUAGUAGGACGAUAUGGUAGCAGAGGGGAGGGUUUGAAAUUGCCCAUCAUACGUCCUAUCGUGGAUGAUAUCAUAGCGAACACUGAGAAGUAUACCUUCCAGCUACCUCGGCACCCAGCCGGGACCAUAGACAUGCUCAUCGAAAUACAGACGGACCUGGUGGAA